CUGACGCCGGUCGAAAAUGCGCUUGCGAGGCUUGUGACCAGAAAGUUGGAGAACUGUCCUCUGUUGGCUAUCUGCCAGUUGUUCGACGUGGGCAAACGCCGGUUCCACCUGGAUCGAAUGAAACUUCAGUGUCUCGGUUUGUAUCCGAAGGUGUACAACAACCGUGUUAUGUUGCAUGUGAUUGACGGUUCGACCCUCGCUAACCUCCGACCGUUGUUCUGCGCGUCGAACUGUGUUCUGUUGGGGGAUGAUGCGACAUUGCUAACGUCGCUAACCGAAGCAUUGGAGAAGAUACCUCAUUUGAUGCUUUUAGCCUGCGUGGUUGACGGUCGAAUCCUGACUCCGAAGCAAGUGGAAACUUUCCGGAAAGCGAAGCGGCCAGAGGACUUCGCCCUUCAGACUGUUGGACUGUUGCGGCAGGGACCUAGCGUGAUGACUAGCAUGCUGCAGCAGCCGGUGUUGCAACUUCUUUCCUGUUUAUAUAGUCGAAUCCAGCUACUGAACGGUAGCAAGCAGUGCGUGGCGACAUGA